GGACUGCGUUCAAUCAAUCCCGGAAACGGAUUCAAGGCGAAGGAAUCUACUCUAAAGAUGAGCGAACCAGAGCUACUGCUGGACUCCAAUAUCCGGUUAUGGGUAGUUCUUCCAAUUGUUUUCAUAACAUUCUUUGUUGGGAUGAUUCGUCACUACGUGUCCAUCUUGCUCCAAAGUGACAAAAAGCUCACUAGGGAACAAGUGUCUGACAGCCAAGUCCUAAUUCGAAGCAGAGUCCUCAGAGAAAAUGGAAAAUACAUUCCAAAACAGUCUUUCCUGACACGGAAGUAUUUCUUCAAUAACCCAGAGGAUGGAUUUUUUAAAAAAACAAAAAGGAAGGUAGUGCCCCCUUCUCCAAUGACAGAUCCUACUAUGCUGACAGAUAUGAUGAAAGGGAAUGUAACCAAUGUUCUACCCAUGAUCCUCAUUGGCGGUUGGAUCAACAUGACGUUCUCGGGAUUUGUAACAACAAAGGUACCAUUUCCCCUGACGCUGCGCUUUAAACCAAUGCUGCAGCAGGGAAUUGAGCUGCUCACUUUGGAUGCAUCCUGGGUGAGUUCUGCUUCAUGGUACUUCCUGAAUGUGUUUGGACUUAGAAGCAUUUACACGCUCAUCCUGGGUCAAGAUAAUGCUGCAGACCAAUCUAGGGUGAUGCAGGAACAGAUGACAGGAGCAGCAAUGGCUAUGCCCGCAGAUACUAACAAAGCCUUUAAGACGGAAUGGGAAGCUUUGGAAUUGACUGAUCAUCAGUGGGCAUUAGAGGAUGUGGAAGAAGAGCUCAUGGCAAAAGAUCUACACUUUGAAGGCAUGUUUAAGGAAGAGUUACAGACGUCUAUCUUCUGAAAGCAGAGCUGAGUUUGAACAUAUGCUUUGCAUUUUCAUGCAAAAGGCGUUUUUAAAAAAAAAUUGGUUACUUACUAAAAUACACUGUACUUUUUGAUGCUCAGAAUAAAAGAGACCAUGUUC